AUGGAAUGAAGUACUAGCUUACUUGUAAAAUUACCAUAACAAAAAUACUUAAAAUUUGUCUUAUCAAGAAUGAUUACCUUAAUUAAAUCAUGCAAAUCUUGGGUUUAUGAACCAAAUAUUUAUUUAUUUAAUGAUGCACAAAUUUCCAUUUUGUUCCCUAUAUAUAGUAUAAACUGUCUUAACAUUUCUUCAUAAAAAAAAAAUCAUACUCUACCUUCUCUCUUUCUUCAAAAUUAAGGGUAGUUCAAGAAGUUAUGGCACUUCCACUCUCAUUCAUUCUUCUCUUAUUACUUCUUGUACCUCCCUUCAUUCAAUCCACCCCACUUCAAGAUCCUGAAUUAAUAGUCCAUCAAGUACAAAAGAGUAUUAAUGAUUCAAGAAGAAACUUGGCAUUUCUUUCUUGUGGAAGUGGCAACCCAAUUGAUGAUUGUUGGAGAUGUGAUCAAAAUUGGGAAAAGAAUCGACAACGAUUAGCGGAUUGUUCGAUUGGAUUUGGAAAGCAUGCAAUUGGUGGUAGAGAUGGUAAAAUAUAUGUAGUAACUGACCCUGGUGAUCAUCCAGUGACACCAAAGCCAGGAACAUUAAGAUAUGGUGUUAUUCAAGAAGAACCAUUAUGGAUAAUCUUCAAACGUGAUAUGGUGAUUAAGCUUAAACAAGAAUUAAUGAUGAAUUCAUUCAAAACUAUUGAUGGUAGAGGAACAAAUGUACACAUUGCUGGUGGACCUUGUAUAACUAUACAAUUUGUGACAAAUAUUAUUAUUCAUGGGAUUAAUGUACAUGAUUGUAAAAGAGGUGGAAAUGCUUAUGUUAGAGAUUCACCUACACAUUAUGGUUUUAGGACACUUUCUGAUGGUGAUGGUAUUUCUGUUUUUGGUGGAAGUCAUGUUUGGAUUGAUCAUGUUUCUCUCUCUAAUUGUAGAGAUGGAUUAAUUGAUGUUAUUCAUGGAUCAACAGCUAUUACUAUUUCUAAUAAUUUUAUGACUCAUCAUAAUAAGGUUAUGCUUUUGGGUCAUAGUGAUAGUUUCACUAGAGAUAAGAAUAUGCAAGUUACUAUUGCUUUUAACCAUUUUGGAGAAGGGCUAGUUCAAAGAAUGCCAAGAUGUAGGCAUGGAUAUUUUCAUGUGGUGAACAAUGACUAUACACAUUGGCAAAUGUAUGCUAUAGGUGGAAGUGCUAAUCCAACUAUCAACAGCCAAGGCAAUAGAUUUCUUGCUCCCAAUGAUAAUACCUUCAAAGAGGUGACGAAGCGUGAGAAUGCAGGACAGAGUAAAUGGAAGAAUUGGAAUUGGAGAUCAAGUGGUGAUUUGUUGUUAAAUGGUGCAUUUUUUAGGCCAUCAGGAGCAGGUUCAUCAUCAAGCUAUGCAAGAGCAUCUAGUUUAGCAGCAAAACCAUCUUCUGUAGUAGCUUCUAUCACUGCAUCAGCUGGAUCACUAAACUGCAGAAAGGGAUCACGUUGCUGAAAUCAAAAGCCUAAAAUUAUAUUACUUUAGAAAUAAAGGCAAGAAUUAUUAAUAUGCCAAGACAACUGUAUCUAUCUACUUUUGAAAACAAAAACAAAAGUGACUCAACUUUUUUUGUAUAUUGAACUUUUUGGACAUUUUGUUUUGUAACUACAACCUUAGCUUGUGUCUAAAACAAAGACUAUGUAACAUGAUAUAGUUGAUAGAUACAAGUUAUAGAGUUGAUAUAAUUAUAUGUUUAAUUCAAUGAAAUGCUCUCACUUUUGAUGA